AUGAGUAAUAAAAAAGAGAUUGAAUCAUUGAUGUUUGAUAAAAACUACAGGGAAAUUACAAUGAGGAAAAAAUACAUAUAUCAAACAAUUCCCUGCUUGAUUGCAAGCACUAUAAAAAUAAAAUAGGUACUCGCUCAAGAAAAAUUAGUUACCAGAAUAGUUUUUGUGCUAAUCGAUACAAAUGUAGAUUAUACAAUAAUAAUUGAUGGCAAAUUCCGUAGAAUGAAAGAUAUUGACAUAGAAAUCAUAGCCAAGAAAAAAGAUUAAGUUCAUUCCAAGGAGCAUUCUGACUUCAUAGCUGUAAUGAGAUAGUUCUAAAUUCCCUUUGCAUCAAUUGUAAUGAGGAGAGAUACUACUUCUUAUAUUAGUAGUAAGGUUACUCUAUCUGAAAAGAAAUAAACCUGA